UGCAUGGAUGCAGCCAGCAAUGGUGUCAUGAGAUUCUUUCCUUCUCUCUCUCUCUUCCACUUUCUCUCUCUUCUCUGAACAAAAUCUCUUCUUUUCUCCAAAUCCCAUUUCUGUCAAUGAUUCUCUAACAUGGGUCUUCUCUGAAAUCUAAGCUCUCAGUCACUCAGCUGCAACCUCGGUACCCACCAAAUUUCUUAACUUUUCCAAAUUCCAUUCUCAUUCUUCUUUCUUUCUUGCUGCUUCACUGUGAAUUUUGCUUUUUGGAUAGAAUUCCAGGUCAAGGAUUUCCAUAAAGGGAAAACCUAAAUUUGGGGAUAAUGGGGGCUUCAAGUUCCAAAAUGGAGGAUGACAAGGCACUGCAGCUUUGCCGUGUGAGGAAGAAGUUUGUUAGGCAAGCACUUGAUGGACGAUGCUCACUUGCAGCUGCUCAUGUUUCAUAUAUACAAUCACUGAAAAGCACAGGAACAGCUCUGAGAAAAUUCACAGAACCUGAAGGACCAAUUGAGUCUAAUUCCUCAUACACUAAUGCAACAACACCAGGGACACUUGCUUUAACUGAUAAGACACUGUCCCAUUCUUCACCAUUUGUGUCACAACACCUAGAUGCUGCAGCUGAAUCUGAAAGGGGAACAUUCUCUCCAGCUCCCUCUCCUCCAAGUUCUAGUAAGUUCCAAGCAAAUCACAUGAAGCUUACAAGCAUUUCUUCUAGAAAGAUUGAAGAAAAACCACCUGUGGCUGUUAUAGAAACAGUAACAUCAUCAGGUGCUCAUGGAAUGUAUGAAAGAGGAGCAGCAUUUGAAGACUCUUCUCUUCCUGCUGGAGAUCCUCAUUGGGAUUUCUUUGGUCUUUUUCAUCCUAUUGACCAUCAAUUUUCUUCUCAAGAAGGGAAGGGCAUGCCCCAAUAUAUGGGGCAUGCUGAUGAUAUGAAAAGACUGAGGGAGGAGGAAGGAAUUCCUGAGUUGGAAGAUGAUGAAGAGAAGGUUGAAGGCUCUGAAGAUUCUGAAGAUGAAUUUGAUGAGGAGCCUAGUGCUGAAACUCUAGUUCAAAGAUUUGAAAAUCUAAGUAGAGCUAAUAACCAUUUUCAGGAAAAAGUUUCACCUGCCACAAAUAAGUUUCCAACAAUGGAUUCAGCUUCUGAAGUUGAGAUGGUAAAUGAGGAGAAGGGAAACUCUCUUAAUUUAACCCCUUCAAAGACAGAACCUGUGGUAGAUUUGCCUCCACCUGAAACUAGUAAAUCAAUGGAGAAAGAAAAUCAUGGUGAAAAUAAAGUCACCCCUAAGAAUUUCUUUUCCAGCAUGAAAGAUAUUGAGCUCCUAUUUGUUAAAGCUUCAGAAUCUGGUAAAGAGGUCCCAAGGAUGCUUGAAGCAAAUAAAUUUCACUUUCGUCCAAUAUUCCCGGCAAAAGAAAAUGGUUCUGUGGUGUCCUUGAUUUUUAAGGCAUGUUUCUCAUGUGGAGACGACCCAAGUCAAGUUCCAGAAGAACCUGCUCAAAACUCGGUUAAGUACUUAACUUGGCAUAGGACGGCUUCGUCUCGAUCCUCCUCAUCAAAAAACCCUUUGGAUGCAAGCUUAAUGGACAAUUUAGAAGAACCUACUACUAAUCUCUUUGAUCAUUCCUGUAUGAUAUCUGGAAGCCAUGCAUCAACCUUGGAUAGGCUAUAUGCUUGGGAAAGGAAGCUCUAUGAUGAAGUGAAGGCUAGUGAGAUUGUCAGAAAGGAAUAUGACAUGAAAUGUAAAAUCUUAAGGAACCUGGAAUCGAAAGGAGAAAAGACCUCGACAGUUGAUAAAACACGUGCUGCAGUCAAGGAUCUGCACUCAAGAAUUAGAGUUUCAAUUCACAGGAUAGACACUAUAUCAAAGAGGAUUGAGGAGUUACGGGACAGAGAGCUUCAGCCACAGCUUGAGGAGUUGAUUGAAGGGUUAAAUCGGAUGUGGGAAGUGAUGUAUGAGUGCCACAAGCUUCAGUUUCAGAUUAUGUCAGCAUCAUAUAACAACAGCCAUGCUAGAUUCACCAUGCAUUCCGAAUUACGUAGGCAGAUCACUGCCUAUCUUGAAAAUGAACUCCACUCCCUACAAUCAAGCUUUACCAAGUUGAUUGGAGCUCAGAAAUCCUAUCUGGAGGCUUUAAGUGGUUGGCUUAACAAAUGUGUUCUUCUUCAACAAAAAUCAUCCAGGAGAAAAAGGAGGCCGCAAUCUGAAAUUCUUAGAUAUUGUGGCCCUCCAAUAUAUGCAACCUGUGACGUCUGGUUGGAAAAGCUCGGUACGUUACCGGACAAGGAUGUUGCGGAUUCCAUUAAGAGUUUAGCAGCUGAUACUGCGCGAUUCUUACCGCGUCAAGAUAAGAACCAGGAAGAAUCAGCUGAUGGUUUGUUGAGAAAUGAAAUCUCAGAGGAUUGGGCUCCAGGUUUUGAUCGGUUUCGAGCAAGCUUGAUUCGAUUUCUCGGUCAAUUGAAUAGCUUGUCUGGAUCUUCUGUCAAGAUGUUCACAGAACUUAGACAAGCCAUUCAGGAUGCUAAGACUAAUCACCAUCGAUUAAAUUCUCAAUCUCAAAAUGGUCAUCUGAGUUCUCAAUCUCAAAGUGGUCAUUAGAAUUCUGAAUCUCAAGAUGAGCAAUCAAAAUCACAAGCUCACAGUAUGGAAACAACAAUAGAAGGAUAAUUGCAGGAAUCCUUGUGGAGUUGCAGAUUCACUGCUUUGUAUUCAGCAUACAAGUCACUAGAUGGGGCAACUGUACAUGAAAAGAUAAAGUCAUUAAUGAUUUGCCAAACUUUUUAGUGCAUGUUUGGUAACUCUUGAAGUUGGGUAGAGACUUCUGUGAGUAUCUUCUGAGUUUCAGAAUUGAUACUAAUGAGAGAGAAGUGGAUCCAAACACGCUACUAGUCUAGUCCUUUUAAUAGUACAAGGGAGCUGAUAAAUUGCUCUGGAGAGGUUGUGAAUGAUGAUAAAAAAAUAAUAUAAAACCAUUCAUUUGUCUUCACCUAAAAAUGAGAAGAUAAAUUUAUGGUUUUAUAUUGUAUUUAUAUCAAAUAGAUGGGCACAGAUUUGGUCAGAGCUGUAAGUACUAGGCUCAGAUGGUGAAGAAAUUUGGGUGCAAAGACAAACACCAGUUUUUUGUAAACAAAGGGUUUCUGGCUUGUACUUUUCCUUCUUAAUUUUCUUUUCUAAUGUCAUUCUUUGUCAUUUAUAUCA